GUUGAGUGAUAACUGAUAACCAAAGAGCUGUUAACUUCAUGUCUAUCACAGACUACUUUAUGUCUAUUGCGGUGCGGGCAUUGCCUAAUGCCUUGAGCGUGCAGGAAGUUGUGUUAUUAAAUACCUUCCGACGUCGAGUUUGUGUCAUUUAAAGUGCGGUGAAUUGCGAAUGGAUGUAACAUUAUUAAACUUAAUUACUGGGCCGGUUGAAUUGUUAUGAGUAAUAUUUUUAUAUAUAACUAAAUAUAAUUAAUGGAAGUUUGCGAAUAAAUUAUUAACGUAAGAUACAAUGUCUUACAAUUCCUCUCUCGAUGAUUUUUGUGGAUCAAAAUUUUGGGAUAGCAACUUAACUUGGUAUACAGAGAACCCAGAAUUUACGCCAUGUUUUGAAAAAACUGUUCUAAUAUGGAUACCAUGUGGCUUCCUGUGGCUCACAGCACUGCUAGAUGCAUACUAUAUUUUGAAUAGCAAAGAGAGAAAUAUACCAUGGAAUAUACUGAAUAUAAGCAAGUUGGUUAUAACAAUCCUGUUGAUUGUUUUUAAAUUUGUGGACUUAGGUGUAGCUGUGCACAAGUCGUCAAACGAAGAAGAGGAUGUCUUCAGUGCUGACUAUUAUGCACCCUUAGUAAAAAUACUCACAUUUUUAUUAUCAGCCACGUUAUUAUACUACAACAGAAAAUGUGGUAUGCGGGCGUCGGGAGUUCUGUUCUUUUUCUGGCUACUCCUAUUAUUGGCCGGACUACCUCAGUUAAGAUCCGAAGUCAUGCUCCACUACAAGAAAGCUGAUGAUGAGAACGUCCAGUAUAACUUCAUCAGCUACAUGAUUUACUAUCCAAUGGUCAUGGUUAUGUUUGUACUCAACUGUUUCGCUGAUCUGCCGCCGAGGGAUACUCCGUACAAAUAUGAAAAGAACCAAUGUCCAGAGAGUGCCUCCGGGUUCCCCAGUCGUCUCACGUUCAGCUGGCUCGAUCCCCUGGCACUCACGGGUUUCCGCAGAAGCUUAACGGAGAACGAUCUUUGGGCACUCAACCCUGAAGAUUCUUCCAAGGAAGUGGUGCCAAGAUUCGACAAGUUCUGGGAGAAAACAUUAAGGAAACGGGAAGCGGUUAACGGCACAAAGGCGACGUACAGCAAGACAUCGGCCAGUGUUAACUUCAAGCCGGAAAGCGAGAAGAAGCCGGCCUCAAUCCUGCCGGCGUUGUGCCUGGCGUUCGGUGGACAGUUCCUGUUUGGCGCCUCCCUCAAGCUGAUCAACGAUGUUCUCAUGUUUCUGUCGCCACAGCUGCUCAAGCUUCUAAUAGGCUUCGUAGAAGGUGAUGAGCCUGUAUGGAAAGGUUACCUGUACGCGUUAGCCCUUGUGGCCUGCGCGUCCGUGCAGACGAUGCUGUUGGGUCACUACUUUACAAGGAUGUAUUUGGUGGGGAUGAAGAUCCGGACUGCGCUCACCAGCGCCAUCUACAGGAAGUCGCUGCGGAUCUCCAACGCAGCCAGAAAGGAAUCAACGGUUGGAGAGAUUGUGAACCUUAUGGCGGUUGAUGCACAGAGAUUUCUGGAGUUAACAGCGUACCUAAAUAUGAUAUGGUCCGCCCCCCUACAGAUAGCCCUCGCGUUGUAUUUCCUAUGGGCUAUCCUGGGCCCCUCGGUGCUCGCCGGCCUUGCCGUCAUGAUCGUACUGAUCCCCGUCAACGGCCUGAUAGCGAACCGAGUGAAGACUCUGCAGAUACGUCAGAUGAAAUACAAGGAUGAGAGGGUCAAGCUGAUGAACGAAGUGCUUAAUGGGAUAAAGGUAUUGAAAAUGUACGCUUGGGAGCCGAGUUUCGAGGAGCAAAUAUUGAAAAUAAGGAAUAAAGAGAUGAACGUACUUAAACAGACCGCCUAUUUGAAUUCUGCAACCUCGUUCAUAUGGUCGUGCGCGCCGUUCUUGGUCAUCUUCUUAACAUUCUUCACGUAUGUGAUAAGCGACACCGAAAACCACAUCCUGACGCCUACCAGAGUGUUUGUUUCCAUGUCGUUGUUCUAUGUAAUGCAUUUACCGUUAGGGUUGCUACCGCUCGUCGUUGUCUCAGUUAUAGAGACGUCUGUUGGUAUAACGAGAUUGAAUAAGUUCUUGAAUAGUGAGGAAUUGGACUUGGAUUCAAUCGAGCACGACCCUAAAGAACCUUCCCCGCUAGUGAUAGAGAACGGGUUCUUCUCAUGGGGCGACGCCUCCGAGCCGAUACUGAAGAACAUCAACCUGCAGGUUCCCAAGGGUCACAUGGUUGCGGUGGUGGGAGCUGUCGGCUCGGGCAAAAGCUCGCUGCUCUCUGCGCUUCUGGGGGAGAUGAACAAGAUAUCCGGCAGGGUCAACACUUACGGUAGCAAUGCGCUGGUGACGCAGCAGGCGUGGAUACAAAACGCCACGCUCCAGGACAACAUAUUGUUCGGGAAGCCAUUGGACAAGGCCAAGUACAACAACGUGAUCGAUAUGUGCGCGCUCAAGACUGACUUCGAUGUACUGCCCGGCGGAGAUCAGACAGAGAUCGGAGAGAAAGGUAUCAACUUGUCCGGUGGACAGAAGCAACGCGUUUCCCUGGCGCGCGCAGUCUACUACGACGCGGACAAUUACUUCCUGGAUGACCCGCUCAGCGCAGUCGACUCGCACGUCGGGAAACACAUAUUUGAAAAGGUUAUCGGGCCGAACGGUCUUUUGAAGGACAAGACGCGUGUCUGGGUGACGCACAACGUGUCGUACCUCGCGCAGUGCGACUUGGUGAUGGUGCUGCGCGACGGGGAAAUAUCCGAGGUGGGCACCUACCAGCAGUUGCUGGAGAAGAAGGGCGCUUUUGCUGAGUUCCUGCUGCACCAUCUGAGCGAUGCCGAGAAAACGUCCCCGGAAGAGCUGGACGAGUUAAAACAGGAUCUGGAGAGCAAGCUAGGAACGGAGUUCCAGAACAAGUUGCAGCGGGCUCGCUCGCUCUCGGAGAGUACGUCGGAAUCGGAACAACCUGCCGCUGGAGAUCGCAGCGGCAGCAUGAAACGAAAAACACCAGAUGGCGCCACUCCUAACGAGUUGAAGGAGAAAAAUAAACUUAUCGAGGCCGAGAAAGCGGAAACCGGAAGUGUUAAAUGGGCUGUGUACAAACACUACCUAACGAGCGUGGGGGUAAUGGCAGCGGUGAUCACCAUCGUGAUGAACUUAGUGCUGCAGGUGUUCCAGGUCGGCUCCAACUACUGGCUCGCGAUGUGGUCCAAUGACGCUUCUAUGCUAGUAAAUGGAACGGUCGACAAAAGCAGAAGGGAUCUAUAUCUUGGUGUGUACGGUGGCCUGGGAAUUGGACAGGUGGUGGCGGUGUCGGUGUCGUCGCUGACGCUGUACCUGGGCGCGCUGGCGGCGGCUCGCGCGCUCCACUCGCAGCUGCUGAGCAGCGUGCUGCACGCUCCUAGCAUCGGCUUCUUCGACUGCACGCCCACGGGCCGCGUGCUCAACCGCUUCAGCAAGGACGUCGACGUGCUCGACAACACGCUGCCCAUGACGCUGCGCGGCUGGACCGCGUGCUUCUUCGGGGUGCUAGGGACACUGUUCGUCAUAAGUAUGUCAACGCCCACAUUCAUGGCCGUGGUGUUGCCCAUCGGUGUGGUAUACUACGUGAUACAGAGGUUCUACGUGGCCACCUCGAGACAACUCAAGCGUUUGGAGUCUGUAUCCCGAUCUCCUAUAUACUCGCACUUUGGAGAAAGUAUCACUGGUGCCUCGACUAUACGCGCUUUCGGCGUUACGGAAAGGUUCGUGGAAGAAUCGGAACGUGGAGUGGACCACAACCAGCUGUGCUACUACCCGAGCUGUAUAGCUAAUAGAUGGCUGGCGAUCCGGCUGGAAAUGGUCGGCAACCUGAUCAUAUUCUUCGCUGCCCUGUUCGCAGUGCUGGCCCGGGAUACCAUCAAUCCUGGCCUUGUGGGGCUCUCCGUCAGUUAUGCGCUCCAGAUAACACAAACACUAAACUGGCUCGUGAGAAUGACGUCGGAAGUUGAAACCAAUAUUGUGGCUGUGGAGAGGAUAAAGGAAUACGCGGAAACUAAACAGGAGGCAGCAUGGACUGUGGGGACUGGGCCGGGCUCCACGUGGCCAGAAACUGGUGCAAUCCAGUUGGACGGACUAACCCUGUGCUACCGCGAGGGAGAACCAGUGCUCAAAGAGCUGACGUGCUCCGUGGCGCCCAGGGAAAAACUCGGCAUCGUGGGCCGAACCGGCGCUGGAAAGUCUACAUUGACUUUGGGACUCUUUAGGAUAGUGGAAGCAUCAAGCGGGAGAAUCCUGAUUGACGGAAUCGAUAUCUCAUCGCUGGGACUCCAACAGCUGCGGUCCCGGAUCACCAUCAUCCCGCAGGACCCCGUGCUGUUCUCGGGAACGCUGCGGAUGAACCUGGACCCCUUCCAGACGUACAGCGAUGACGACAUCUGGCGGUCCUUGAGACAUGCACAUCUUGAGAGCUUUGUGAGAGGGUUGCCGGCCGGUCUGCUGAACGAGGUGUCCGAAGGCGGCGAGAACCUGUCCGUGGGUCAGCGACAGCUGGUGUGUCUGGCUCGAGCUCUGCUGAGGAAGACGCCGCUGUUGGUGCUGGAUGAGGCAACCGCGGCCGUCGACCUGGAGACAGACGAGCUCAUACAGAAAACGAUUCGCAGCGAGUUCGCUUCGUGCACCGUACUGACAAUAGCUCACCGGCUCAACACAAUCCUGGACUCCACCCGAGUCAUGGUCCUCGACAAAGGCCAACUCGUCGAGUACGCUCCCCCCGAUCAGCUGCUAGCUGAUCCCAACUCACUCUUCUACAGCAUGGCUAAAGAUGCCGGGAUCGUCAAUUAAGUUCAGGUCAUUUUAUACUGUGAGUACUCAUACUCAACCGACUAAAACUAGAAUGCUAAAAACUUAAAUAAAAUACGGUAUCAUAAGUAAUAAGGGCCAGGACACACUGAUCCGGUCUUUCACAUUAAGCCGAUUAAAACGUAUUUAUUUUCUCAAAAUUGAUUCCUUUUGAUUUUUUUUGGUGUCACUUCUAAUAUACUAGAUACUACUACCGCUUCGGAAACAAACUACCGUUUCGCUCUAAGAGAGAAGAAACGGCGAAUUUAUAGAUCUUGUGAUGAUUCAGUCAGUGAGAUGUAUUACGUUUAUAUAUUAUAUAAAAUUUUACUGUAUAAUGAUAAUCAGAUGUACAGAUGUUGUUACUUAACGAUAUAGAACGAUCUCGCCAAAACGCGAUCGUCUCAUUCGUGCGAAAGGAUAUAUACAGGGCGUCCCAAAGUUAUGGGACAUGAAGGGAAAGUACCUUAAAUAUCGUAGAUAGGGCAUUUUACUGAAAGAAGACUUUAUGUUAUUUUUAAAAGUUAGUAAUUCUGCAUUCAAAGAUUUUCUAAGAAUUACUUGCCUCAAAUAAUCAAUGCUAUCUAUGGAAUGAUAAUAUCGCUACUUUCCGAACGUCGUCGUCGCCAGUAAAUAACUUUCUUGAAAUUUGACUCAAACAUUUUACGUUGUUCCUUUCUUUUAAAAUACUAUGUUACUUAAGAAGAGUUAUUAGUUUUUGGCCAUUCUUUCCAGUGGCAUCAUAAAAGUAGGGGUGUUUUUAUUUUUUACAUUUAAGUCGGUUCGAUUUCCAGACGAGGCAAGUAAUAUUUAGAAAAUCUUUGAAUGCAGAAUUACUUACUUUUAAAAAUAACAUAAAGUCUUCUUUCAGUAAAAUACCCUAUCUACGAUAUUUAAGGUACUUUCCCUUCAUGUCCCAUAACUUUGGGACACCCUGUUUCACAUCAGACACCGUUGAUAAGUGUGGCCUGACCCUAACUUUUCUUACACUCACGCUCAACUGAAAAAAUAUUUUUUUUCUCAAACUACUACAGCUUAUUGUAUAGCUAAAUUAAUCAUAAUUUUGAGGUUACAUUGGUGCAACUUUUUCUUCUUCAGCAUUGAAAAGUACCAAAAUUUGUAAUGAGAGAGAUUGGAUCCUUACUACUACAACUUAUUCUAUACAAAUUGUAAUAGAUGUCUGAAGGUUAUUUAAGACACUCUUAAAGGGUAGCAUCAAAUGCUGAAAUCGUUUUUAUCAAUACACACUAGACAGGCACACCAAACUGUUCACUUUUGUUUCAUCAGGUUUAUAUUUCAGAAAAUUACUUAAUAAUUGUUGUAAUAUUUGUAUUAUAUACUAGUUGACCCGACAGACGUUGUUCUGUAUAUAAUAAAUAAAAUACUGUUUUUUAUGAAUUUGUCAAUAAUAUAUCAUAACAUCAAGAAUUAUUUCGUAAAAUAUGCUCCCUGUUGUUGUAAUGAAAUUGUUUUACAGCAGAACUGUCAAACCGUGUGUCAAAAAAUUAUCUCAUAGAAAAUAUGUCCAUACAAAACAAAUAUCGGGCGACGGGGGACACAUCAAAGGAAAAACAAAAUUGUUGUUUUUAUUUAAUUCCGAACACUUUCAUAAUUAUUCACCUUUUAAACCUUCCCUGGACUUCCACAAAUAAUUCAAGACCAAAAUUAGCCAAAUCGGUCCAGCCGUUCUCCAGUUUUAGCGAGACUAACGAACAGCAAUUCAUUUUUAUACAUAUAGAUUAAUAUACACUCCAAGACUGAUUGAUGUCUUAAUUUUUCUGUAACAGUAUAUUAUAUUUAAUCAAUAAUAAGGCAAUCUUUACACCUCCAACCGACGAAUUACUUAAUUUUAUUGUUACUUAAAACGCUAUGUAUGUACUUAUAAAUGUUAAUACUUAUUGCACGAGAUUCUUUUAUAUUAUUUAGUUUUAUAUUAUUUUUUAUUGAGUACAUAAUGUGAAUAGUGUAGGUAUUUCUUAUUAUGUCAUAAAUUCAAAACUGCCAACUGUCAACUUACUGAAGGCCUACUGCGAUCAUCGAUUUCCUGAGCCUUGUUUCAAAUAAAAAAAUAUAAUCGUAAUUUUAUGUGUACUGUAAAGUGUCAAAAAUUACUGCCGCUUCACUUAAUUAUAUCUCACCUUACGCCAUGGGAUCCAAUUUAAAUAACUACCGAUAGAGAUAAAUUACUACCAUCUACUGUCAGUAAUAAGCUGUCAAUAAUCUGAAGCUGUCCCAAUAUACCCGAUAAGUCAUUCUUAUUGCCAGUUCACUGUUGCAAUUUCUAUACAAACUUCUAAGCUAUUAUAGGUAAGCUAUACGUUGUCCCAUUGAGAGACAGCGUGUACGGAUAAGAUGAGUUACCGCCGAUAAGUUUAUUAGGACAGAAAAGUCAACGAUAGUUACGAUUUUUUAUCUGAAGUAGGCCACAACCGGUGAUAGACUGAAUAUUGGUAAUGGCCGUAAAUAAACAGCGCUCAAGUUUCAACUUAUCGCGCACGGGCAGUGCUGAGAUUUUAGUGUUCUAAUUCGAAUUUGGCAGUAGGUCCCCUGUAUUUCUCGAAUACCUUCGAAUAUUGGAAUAACAUCUCAAUAUAUUUAAACAAAUUUUCAGUUUUUAUUCUUUAUCUAGGUUUAUUGACCACUUGUCAAUUUUCUUCUUCAAUUGAUAUAAAAGGUAUUUAUUUAUCGAAGUAGGCGUUACUUUGCGGAAAUCCAUAAUUAUACAAAUGAUUUAAGUUUUUUUUUCUUUAGUGUUAAUACCGCCAAUAUUUGUUUUUAAAUAAAUAUUUGUUUUUAAAUAUAUUUGUUUUUAAACAAAUGUUCAAUUCGACACGUGUUUCGCCUUUACACGAGGCAUCCUCAGGACGUGUUGUCUCGCCAAAAUCUGGCACGAGACUAAUUAUAAGUCUUGAACACUAAAGAAAACUUAAAUCAUUUGUAUAAAAGUUAUUGUAAACUUAACUCAAUCUUUAAAUAUAUUAGUUUUUUAAUACAAUCUGCAAUUUAUUAAGUUUAAAAUUGUUUAAAUAUUGAGUAAAUAAUUGAAUGUUAUCAACAAAAUUUUCUUUUAAAAACCAAUUUUGAUACACACUUUUCUUACAAAAAAUAUACUUAAAUCGCAUAAAUGUUUUCUAUAUACAUUUAUCAAUUGUGGGGUUAGAAAAUAUUGAAUGAAAACUUACUAAUUGAUAGCAUUGCCAUUUAAAUGUGAAUUUAAGUUAUUAUAAACAAAUAUAUUGUACUAAUACAGGUAAAGUAUAUAAUGUGAUCAUUUUUAUUUAUUUAGUGUUAAUUAUUACAAAUUUAUAUACAUUUAGAGGCCUCUUUUUCUUUUUUUUUCAUAUUGCUUUCCGAAGUAAUAUGUAUAAAUAACAAAUAUAAUAACAAUAUUCCUGCUUACAAGUUAAAUAGUUUUUGUAAGAACUAUAGGUCUAAACAAAAUAUGUGCUGAUAAUAUUAAAUAUUUUACAUGUAAUCUUAGAUUAAGAAUUGGUCUCCGUUGCAGUCCAACUAGAUACUACACUAGCUGAGAACAUCAGCUUUAUUAUUACGGGAACUAUUAGAUGAUUGUGAGCAUAUUUCAAAUUUUGUAACAUACGCUGCGUGUUAUUUUACAUUGAAAUUAAUAAAAUACAAAAUACUUACUGGUGAUAAUUCCCAGUGUGCUUAUUUUAACAAAGUUUUACUACGCAACCAUAUAACUUUCAAUUAUUAGCAAAGCUUAACAGAACAUGUGGCACGUCAACUCAAACAUUGUUCGAGACUGGCUCGAGUACGCCCACUUGCGACUACGCCUGCGGUGUCUCGUUGGAGCGCAGCGGAGACCAAUCCUUUACCUAAGGUCUAUAUCUUCUUUAUUGUUGUUGUUUCAUAAUGUUAUAAUUAAUACCAAUUUUCAUGGAAUAGAUUGUGUACGUCACUUUGUGACAGGAUAAUUGCAUUUGUUUAUGUUGCAUUUUUUAUUAGUUUGACCAGUUUCUAUCUAAGUUACGGAAUCUUACAAUGUAAUUUUCACAACUUUCAAAAGGUCCUGUUUAUUUCAAAACUUGAUGCUGUUUUGAGUCGAUAAAAUAAAUAACUUAUACUUUUAAAAACUUAAAAAAAAACACUGUCACAUCCAACUAAAAAAUUAAGAAAACCAUUUUUCAUUUAAUAUGAAAAGUUCAUUCAAUUGCUCCAUGGAACAUGGAACAAACUUCUCAUGAUUAUGUGAAACUAUUUUUACUUGCUAUAAAAAAAAUGUUUUUUUUUUUUGUUUUUUAAGCUGUCAUUUACCAUAAAACUAUAUUUUUCCACGGAUGGAGAAAUGUAUAUCAAUAAUUAUUAAUACACUUAUUAUCUGUGUUCUAAGAAAGGCAGCUUUUGCUUUUUUCAACUUUCAACAAACUGAAGGUCUUUUGUCCAACCAAGUAUGGUCAAAAUUGACUGCAAUAUCAAUAUCACAAGAAAUUAUUACCUUAUUGUAAAAUGACAAACAUUUUUAUAAUACUAAUGGUUAUUUUGUGAAACGGAAUGUUUUUACCAGUUGUGACGAACAAAGUGUUGUUCUUUGUUUAGUUUGUAUGCAGCUAAUAAGUUUAUAUAUUAACAUGUUUCAAAUAUUUUGUUAUUGUGAAAAACUGUGUUAUUGUGUUGGUCUAACACAAUUAUAGUUUUGUAAAAAAUUGUAUACAAAACAAAAUUCUCCGUGUUUGACUCUGAAAUUGUAGUAAAAUGCUUCCUACCUCAGGAUCUUAUUAUUGUAAAAUAGUUUUUGUUAUUGUAUCAUACAUAUUAUUUGCAAAACUUAUUAACUUAAAGUAGUACUUACAAAGUAGGUCCUUAUGUAUAAAACAAGUGCCUAAUAUGUGUCAGCAAUAAAUUUAUGUUAAAUCACAAUUUGUAUGUAAUAUUGUCACAAUUAGUUUUAUUGUAAUAAGUAUUGUAAUUGUUAAACGUAAGGCCUUAUUCAAAGUUAAAUACUUAAUAGUAUGAUUUGGAUUUAUAUUUAGAAAGGUAUCAAAUGGGAAUUAUAUUUACUACUAUGAUUGUCAUUUUGUCAAGUACAUCACUGGAUUGUGUUACCAACACUGAAAGCAUGGAAUCAAUAUGAUAAAAAGUACAAAUUCAAUAAACAAUUUGUAUAAUAUAAUAGUUGCAAAAACAACCCUUUUGGUCACCUGAUGGUGAAGUGAUCAUUUGAUUCAUGAAGUUUUGACUGCACUUGCAGUACCUAGCUCAUAUCCAGGUGAUAUUGCACUGGAAAUGCCAUAGAAUGUUGUAUGUUCUGCAGUUGAAAAUUUUGUAUUGUGGUAGGAGGUAGAUAUGAACUUUUUGUUUAGUAACUGGAGUCGUCCGGUUUUCCAUUCAAUGUUAAUAUCAAAUAUGUUGAAGUAUUACAAUACUUGCAUUGCAUACAUGCAACUAGGCUUAAAGUUAUGUUAGGUAUGUGAAAUUUUAUUGGAAUUGAUACUUAUUAAACUUGCCGAUAACUUGAUACUCACUAAUGUAAACUAGAGAAACAGAUUAAAAUUUAAUCUUGUAAAGGCAUUAACUUCAUUAAUUAUACUCUUUUAUUUUUCUAUAUAAUAACUUUUUGCGUAUGUGUAAAAUUGUAACUAUUACUUUCAUUGUUUAUUAAGUUUUAAAUUGCCUCUAAGCGAUUCUGUAUGUUCUUUGUAAUGGACAUGAUAUGUGGAAAAUGUUGUGCAGUUGGAAAACUUUGUGGAGAUCUAUAUGCAUGUCUUACCGGUGUCAGUUGGGUGCUAGCAAAUCAGUCACGAGCCACAGCCAUUUUCCACACUUGCCAACAAAAUUGACAUUUGAAUAAAAAUACAGGAAUAAAUAUUUGUAUUGAUUUAAA